UUGCCAUAUAUUUCUCCCUUAUAUAAACAAAACCCCAAAACUUUUCUUUUUUUUCUUUAUCUUUUAUGCCCCUUUCCCACUAACUAUACUAUAUGCAAACUAUGUUUGCCUUAGUAUGGAAUAAUGAAGUUAGAAAAUUGUUCUGUCAAAGUCAAAGAGUAAUGAGAGUGAUAUGGGUAGCAGCCAUGGUUGGAAGCCUGGGAGCUUUGGUUUUCUUGGUGGAUCCUGAUGAUGCUCAGCCUCAUCGGAUUCUGGUCGAUACAGAUGCUGAUACCGACGAUGUUUUUGCUCUCUUUUAUCUCUUGAAGCAAGACUCUACACGAUUCGAUUUGCAGGCAAUUACUAUAAAUGCAAAUGGAUGGAGUGAAGCAGGGCAUGCCAUCAAUCAUGUUUACGAUAUUCUAUUCAUGAUGGGUCGCGAUGAUAUUCCCGUGGGAGUAGGAGGUGAAGGUGGCAUUUUGCCCAAUGGAACCAUUCUCCCAAAUGUUGGUGGAUUUCAACCCAUAAUUGACCAGGGAAUGUCAACAGCUGGGGAAUGUAGAUAUAGACAAGCAAUUCCUGUGGCACAAAGAGGUCGCCUUGAUGUCAAUUCUAACUAUGGCCUUAGAAAAGCCUUUCUUCCACAGGGUAGCAGGAGGUACACUCCUCUUCAGCAACCUACAGCACAGCAAGUAAUGAUAGAUGCAAUAUCUUCAGGUCCUAUAACUGUGUUUCUCAUGGGAGCACAUACAAACUUUGCCAUCUUUCUUAUGAGCAAUCCUCACUUGAAAAAAAAUGUUAAACACGUUUAUGCCAUGGGAGGUUCUGUUAGACCAAACUGUCCGAAGAUCAACAGCUCUGACAGUUCAGGGGAAUGUUCUGAUAUUGGUAAUCUGUAUCCACAAGAUAGCAAUCCAUAUGCCGAGUUCAAUAUAUUUUCAGAUCCUUUUGCAGCCUACAAGGUGUUGCAUUUUGGUAUUCCAGUUACACUCAUUCCUCUAGAUGCAACAAAUACUAUUCCUUUAAGUAAGAGUUUCUUCAUGGAGUUUGAAAGGAGACAGAAUACAUAUGAGGCAAAGUACAGUUUCCAGGCUCUAAAAAUUAUUCGCGAUACGUGGUUAAGUGAUGCAUUUCAUGAGCAAUAUUGUAUGUGGGACUCUUUUCUGGUUGGUGUAGCAUUGUCUAUAAUCCGAAACUCUCACAAUCUUUAUGGAGAAAAUGAGUUUGCUGAGAUGCAAUAUAUGAACAUCACGGUUGUCACCUCAAAUGAACCUUAUGGAGCAUUAGAUGGCUCAAAUCCACUCAUUACAGGGUACUCAACCCCAAGGUUUAAUGUACAGAAGAAUGGGGUUCAUAGUGGCCAUGUUCAAAUGGGAAUGCAAGAUCCCUUUUGCCUUCAGAAAGGAAAAGGGAAAUGUCAGGAUGGUUACACAAAAGAAGGUACAGGAGAGGAUGCAGUACGUGUUCUCGUUGCAACGAAAGCUAAACCCAAUCAUGAUAAUAGAAGCAUACUUGGGAGAGAAUUUUAUAAAAGCUUUCUCCAUGUUAUAAACAGCCCUGAGAGAACUGGGAGGUUUGAUAUCAGAACACAGUAUCCUUUCCACAGGGAGUUUCUUUAUAAACCAGAUUUUGGAAAGAAGAUAAGGGGAAAACCAGUUGUUUUCGACAUGGAUAUGAGUGCCGGGGACUUUCUAGCUCUUCUAUAUCUCCUCAAAUUACCUGUGGAAUUAAUCAACCUCAAGGGAAUAUUAAUCAGCUCAACAGGCUGGGCAACUCCUGCAACGAUUGAUGUUGUAUACGAUAUAUUACAUAUGAUGGCCCGAGAUGACAUUCCAGUUGGUCUUGGUGAAGCAUUUGCAGUUGGGCAAGCCAAUCCAUCUUUUGCUGCUAUUGGAGACUGCAAGUAUUCCAAAGCUAUCCCUCAUGGUAGUGGUGGAUACUUGGACUCUGACACACUGUAUGGACUUGCUCGGGACUUACCUCGAAGUCCAAGAAGAUAUACGACAGAAAACUCUGUCAAGUUUGGAGAUCCUAGAGAUACUGAUAAUCCUGGACUUAGGCAACCAUCAGCACAAGAAGUUUGGAAGUCUAUAGUGGAGUCUUUGGAUCCAGGAUCAAAGAUCACUAUUUUGACUAAUGGACCUUUGACAAAUUUAGCACAGAUCAUUCUAUCAGAGAAUACUAGCUCACUGAUUCAGGGUGUAUACAUUGUUGGAGGACACACAGGCUAUGUCUAUGACAAUAGCGAAGGAAAUGUUUUCACUGUUCCCUCAAAUAAAUAUGCAGAAUUUAACAUGUUUCUUGAUCCUUUAGCUGCAAAGGAAGUUUUUACUUCAUCUGUGGACAUCAGACUUGUUCCACUGCAGAUGCAAAGAAGAGUUAGUUCCUUCAGCACAAUUCUUAACAGGAUGAAUGCCACUACUCAGACUCCUGAAGUUGUGUUUGCCCAACAUCUACUUUCCAGACUUUGGCGAUUACAACAGGAACAUUAUAGAUAUCAUCACAUGGAUAUAUUUUUGGGAGAGAUCCUUGGUGCAGCAAUCUUGGCUGGAAAUCCACAUUUGAACCAGACAUUUACAUUGAAGCCUCUUAAGGUCUUGGCAGAUGGAGACAUAACAAAGAUAGGUGAGAUAGUUAUUGAUGAAGAGAAAGGGAAACAGGUGACUAUUUUGGAAAAUUUUAAUCCAGAGACAUACUAUGAUCACUUUGUAAGGGUCUUAGGUGAUCACAGACAGUCUGCCGUGCUAGGAAGCUUUCAUGAGCAGGAAAGAAUGUGGAAUUCGCCACCAGAAAAGAUGAACUUUGUUCAUAAUCAGCAGGUGUAAAUGUUUGUUAUAACUUAAGCCAUUCUUUUAAACGGUUUUGACAUCUUUUGGUCUUUAAUUCAAAUGAAAAUAUUUAAGAGGUUUCUACAUAGUGUGUAUGAGCUUAGCAACAGAUGAAGUAAAGAGAAAGUUGCAAGAAGUUUGUCUUUCUUUGCUGUUGUUUAUUACUUUUUCCUGUAGUUGAGCUACUAG